GCGGAAGCGGCGGAGGCCCCGCCCCGCCCCACCCCGCCCCGCCCGGCCCAGCGCCUGCGAGCCAGGCGCGCCUUCGCCGGGAGGGUGGACUGGGUGCUGCAACCCCGGUGGCCUGCGCGACCCGGUAGGAUCCUCCGUGCGGGCGGUGGGGAGCGUUGCUCGGACUAACCUCCGUGUCGCCGCUGCCCGGGCCGGCGCUGACGAUGGACCGUGAGUCGGGAUGCGCGGCUGCGGGAGAGACCGAGGCAGCGGCCGCCGCGGCGUUCGGAGAGGCGACGCGGCAGAUAAGUAAUGAAAGAGGAUUUGAGAAUGUAGAACUGGGAGUCAUGGGGAAAAAGAAGAAAGUCCCGAGGAGGGUCAUCCACUUCGUCAGCGGAGAGACUAUGGAGGAGUAUAGCACCGAUGAGGAUGAGGUGGACGGCCUGGACAAGAAGGACGUGCUGCCCACUGUCGACCCGACAAAACUUACCUGGGGCCCCUAUUUAUGGUUUUACAUGCUGCGGGCUGCCACAUCAACCCUCUCAGUGUGUGACUUUCUUGGAGAGAAGAUUGCGUCAGUUUUGGGCAUCAGCACCCCAAAAUACCAGUAUGCCAUUGAUGAGUAUUACCGGAUGAAGAAGGAGGAGGAGGAGGAGGAGGAGGAAAACAGGAUGUCAGAAGAAGCAGAAAGACAAUACCAACAGAACAAGCUGCAGACUGAUCCCACUGUACAGACAGACCAGCCAGAGACAGUGGCGUCCAGCUCAUUUGUGAAUAUUAAUUUUGAAAUGGAGGAAGACUGUGAAGCAGUUAAGGAAAACAAACAACAUCCAGUCUCUGUCCCACCAUAGAAUGAAAUGACUGUAUAUAAAGUGUUAAACCCUAAACUUCUCCAAUCAGGAACAUUUUUUAUGUUUUUAGUGGGACUUAAAACAACUAUUUAUAUUUUAAAUUAUUAAGGGAAAAUCUUUCUUCAUUCUUAUGCUGUAUCUAUUACAGUCAGGUCUGAAGUUGGGAUGUUUUUGAGUUAGUGACCCUCCUUUCCCACCCCACCCUCCAUGCUGAGGAGCAAACCCAGGGUUCCUUUCAUACACACUCACUAGCCAAGUACUCUAUCGUGAGCCCAGUGCUUUGACUCUAAGACGAUCUUUUAUAAAACCUAAGGACAUUUAGCUAAGUACGGUAAUACACGCCUUUAAUCUAAGCACUAGGGAUGCAGAGGCAGCAGUUCUAUGUGAAUUUGCGGCCAACUGGGUCAGCAUAGUGAGCUCCAGCCCAGCCACAUGUGACACACCUGAUCUUAAAACAACAACAAAAACUGAAGGCAUUCUACAUUAAGAAGAGAGUUAAAUAAUUCAUUAAGAUUUUUGGUUUGGGGAUAUUUGUUUUUUUUUUUUUUUUAAAGUUAAGUAUUGAUUUAUCAAUAAUAAUCCUAACAGCCUCAGUAUAAAGUACCCCUAGAGUUUACACAAGGAGGGUUCAGAAUGUAUAAUAAAAGGAGCAAGAUGGAAGCACUGUGGAUUUCCUUUUGUUGGGAAUAUUAUAUGGAAAAGAUUGGGUUUUCAUUUUCACUGUAAGCCAUCCUUGUGUUUUUCAGUAGUUAUUGAGCUGAUUCGCUCUGAUCACAAAUUAACAGUAGUUACUGAAUGGCUCCAUAGUUGAAGUCACGUGUUGAUACCUAGAGAUUAUCCACAUGGCAUCUUGGUCAUGUCACAGUUAUUCAGCCCUUUAUGUAUCACAGGCAGAGGAACUAACGGGAGGCGAGGAAUUGAGAACAGUUUAGUUUACUUUGUCCACCGUUUUGAAGUUGGACGGCUGAUGUGAACCAGGUUUGGCCAUUCCUCUCCUGACUAGGUUAUUCCUUUACAAAGUUAUAUAAUAUGAAGUUAUUUUCAAGAAAUAUUCCUGAAUAUGUGUUCAGAACCUUAUUUCUGUAUAACUGAUUUAUAGCCAAAUGUAAAGAAAAAUGUGGGCAGUGUUUUAGAAAUCCUCAUCAUUUAAAAGCCUUCUCAUAUCUCUAAGAGGUUUUAGAAACAAAUGGUUAUAAACCAGCCUUCUAAGUAGCAGGACCCUUUCCAUCUUAAAUGGGUAUACAGUUAACACAUGGAUAGGUGAACACUGUAGAGACCUGCCAGUGGACUUCAGCAAAUUCAACUCAAAGGUGGAUUUUUAACCAAAUAAAAGUUUCAGUUGGAUUGACAUUUAUUUGUAAGGCAAGUAUGGAGUCGUCCUCUGAGGUAGGACAUGAUAGUACCUUCAUGGGUGCAAACGUGUGACUCUGCCCUUAGGAAUUUAUCUUUCCAUUGUGUAAUUAAUGUCACUAUUAGUUACAGUUUACUAAAACUCUGUCUCAGUUGAUAGCUGCAAAAACAUGCUGGCCGACGACCUCUUGCUCUUGACUUGUUAACUUUGAGAUGGUGCUACCACUGCAGACACUUGAGGUGAAGGUGGGUGGUCUUCAGCUGACUGGGGCCAUCUCUCCUGAAGGGGUAGCAUCUCAGUCUCAGAGGUAUGCUCAGGCCUGUGAUCACAGCAAGAGGGUGGCACCAGGCAGCCUGAGCUUCCUGUGUUGACCUUUUCGCUGUUUGUUUGGCACUGGCUGGUGGGUGAUGUUUACAGUUAUUCGCUGUGCCUUACAUUUUUAUACUUUGGUUUAUAUGAGCUAUAAAACUUAUCAUAAAUGGGUUAAAUUGUUGUUUUAUUUUAAGCCUCCCUUACCUCUUCCUAUUUUCUAAUUCUUAGAAGAAUUAUUUUUCCCUCUGGAUCACAGUUCAUGACAUCCUAGUUUCUUCUGAUCUCUCUUUUUAUAAACAGACCAGAGUCAGAUGUGGGAGUGUACAUCUGUACUCCCAGCACUAGAGCGGCUGAGGUAGGAGGAGCAUGAGUUGGGGGCUGGCCUAGACUACUUAUCAAGACCCUUAACAACAAACAAAUAACACCAAAAAAUCCAUAAACACAGGAGUUAGUAUACUGAAUUAGUAAAUUCUCUAGCAAAACCUUUAACAAAAGUUAGUUUUGUAAAUGGUUAAUAAACCUAGACAAAAAU